CGUCCGAGUCAACCGAAUUCACAAGCGAACAAAAGUAUCAACGUGUCGACGGCGAACAUGAGGCGGAGUGAGGAGGAGUCGAAGACGGUCGGGAGUCUCUAGAGACCGCUCCGCCGCCGUCCUACAACUCUCUCCUUCUGUCCUUCAUCCUCAUAUCUCGACCUUUCAAUGGCUUCCAUUUCUCGAGCUUUUCUCACAUCCACUCUCGCCGAGCUGUCACCCAAGCCCCUCCGGCGGCCUCCGCCGCGUCCUCCGUUCCCGCACCACCUCCUCAUCCGCCCCUUUCUUCCACCCGCUCCGACCUCCUCUAGGCGGCUCCAUUCAUCUCCCGCCACCGUCUGCUGCCUCGUGUCCGGAGUAGGCGGCGGGGGCGGAGUCUCCGACGACUUCGUUUCCACCAGAAAGUCCGAUUUCGGCCGCGAAUUCGCCGUAAUCGCCAAUAUGCUUAAGCGGAUUCAGCCUCUUGACACUUCGGUGAUUUCUAAAGGCGUUUCUAGCGCUGCCAAGGACUCCAUCAAGCAGGCCAUAACCACUAUGCUAGGGUUGCUGCCAUCGGAUCAGUUCUCAGUUACAGUUCGGGUCUCAAAGAACCCUCUCCAUAGCCUAAUCGUUUCUUCAAUAAUUACAGGGUAUACCUUGUGGAAUGCGGAGUACAGAACCUCGUUGAUGAGGAAUCUUGAGAUUUCAACACACCGUUCAAAAAAUUUGAACUCUGGAGAUGCAAAUGGAGAGUCAUUGGUAAAUGGUGAUGAAGUUAGCAUUCGGGAAAUUCAAAGUGGGGAAGAUGGAUCCAAUGGAGUUGCAGGCAUGAUGGGUGUCCAAAAUCUUGGUGAAUUGUCUCCCCGAGCUCGGGAUUACAUCCAACAAUUAGAAAUGGAGCUGCUAAAAGUCAAACAGUCAGCCUUUCAAGACCGGCGAUUUGUAGAAGCAAUGACAAACACUUCCAGAGAAGAACGACAUUGAUUGGUUUUCCAUAAACUGAUGGCCUAGUUCAGGUUUUGGAAGCCAUUUUCCCAACUUGGGAGUGACUUGAUUUCACUUCACGAUCCAUCCAGCUAUUCUUUGAAUGGUUAGUGCAGUUUAGGAUGUGAUCGGAGAGCAUUAUGUAUGGAAAUAAGCCGAAUAAUUGGAAACGUGUUACGUUGUUUGUUGCUGGGCAUUGGACUUUGGUGUGCUGCUUAUAAUUUGGCAAGCUGUCUUGUAAUUAGCAAUUUGCAAACUCAACUUUAUCUGCCUGCCUCUGUUAAUAUAGAUUUAUUCUUUGG